AUGGAUAUUGACGAUUACGAAGAAGAGCUGAUGCCUGGAGUGUACUUGACUCGACAUCGACGUAGCAACACCGCAAACCAACGAACAAGGAAUCCAAUGAAAGGAAUCGAAGACAGCUAUGAGCUACUGGAGAUUGAAUCCCUUCGAUUGAAGAAUUCAGUCAAGCUGCUAUUACAGAGCAACCAGCAGAUGAGGGAGUUCCCUGAAGAUCCAGACUUGAAGAUUGCUAUUGCUGAGAACGUAAUCAUCAUAAAUAGGCAGUUUGAAGCUAUCCGAACCAUAGAAGCCAGAAUGAAGGAUCUGGCUGGAACUGGUCGAUGUGGAUCUGAACUCAAUGCCUCAGCAGCUGCAUCGCUACCUUCAUCAUCUAUUGCUACCGCUCCAUCUGCUGUUGUGCAUACUCAGGCCUCGUCAUCAACAUCCCGGCCUUUGAAUCAACCAUCACAAAGCAGUGAGUCUGCAAGUGAUGAUGAUGGAGGGUUGUACUUGUAA